CUCGUCAUAUGAUUUCUCCUAAGGGAUAACUGCUGAGCUGGACCGUGUCUCCAAGCUGAUCCUUUGCUGAUAAGCCGGCUGCCAAGCCUUCAGUGCUGAGACAAAAGAGUUUUUCUCGUCCCAGCAGGUUUUUCUGCUGUGAAUGACAGAGAAAGGGGGAAAAGUGAGCUGCCUGGCACUGUUCGUGGGCAAGAGGCUUUGGGGGCUCCUUCUCCCCUGCUGUGCUGGCAGACCAUGGAGCUUUUCAGGCUGAGCCUGGGCUGUAUUUGUCUUCUUCCUUGGCUUGAGGUAGCAGAGGGACAAGGCUUCCUCAUACGGAACACCCGCCUGGAAAAGUGCAUUCGUGUCUCCCUCCACAACACCAACAGCAUCAGCCUGACCAGCUGCAAGGCACAUUCCCAGCAGCAGCAGUGGAGCUGGGACCCCGACAGCAGGACCAUUGUCAGCCUCCAAACGAAGCAGUGCUUGUCGGCCCACAAGGCACGGGAGAACGCUCUGGUCAAGCUGGAGCCCUGCGGAGACUGGGAACGCCAGGCGUGGUCCUGCAGCAAGAAGGGGCACUUGACUCUGCAGAGUCUGGGCUUCCACCUCAGCACCCAGGAAGGAGGCCACAAGGUCUUUGUCUCAAGGGAGAAGGACAAACUCAGCAGGUGGAAGACUUUAGCAGAUGAAACCAUCUGUGCUGCUGCCCGGACAGCAGCUCGGAGGCCCAGCAAGCCAACACAACAAGAUGUAGACACACGUGUGUGGAUCUAUGAAACUAAAACCAUUGAUUCAUCAAAGAUCGAUGCCGUGGACAGAGAGUCUCCUGUGAUCUUGACUGACCCACCUCUGGCUAACAAAUGGAACAGCACAGUGUCUCCAAUAAGGACCAGACAGGCACAGAUCCCAGCAAAUGAGGAUGUAUCCCAGAAUCACUCUAAGAAGCAUGGAAAUCGAGGAAAAAACACUGGGGCCAGGCUUGCAGGCACCAACUGGAAGACAGCCAUGCUGGUCCUCAGCCCCUUGGCAUUCAUACUGGGAUUAAUAAUACUGACACUCAAUGUUCACUACAACAAGAAGAAGAAAAUCCUCUCCGCCCUGAAGAGCUCUCCAGCCAACAGCAGCAGAGUUGACCUACGGGAGCCAACUCCCUUACGAAGGGGUCCCCAGCCGUACCUCCCACCAUCCCGCUCCCCUUCCCUGAGGCACGGAGAGAUCCUCAUCGAGUGGAAAGAUGGGACAGUCACUCCUCUUUUUGACAAUGUCAGUUAUCAAAUGGACUAGCUUCAAAGUAACAGAGCUGUUGUUCCACCCCGUGUCACUCUUCCAACCAGGAAGAAUGCCACCACGGCCUUUCUGCCCUUGCUGUUUCAACAGUAAGCACUGUUUGGUUUUGGUUUUUUUUGAACACUUGAGUACAAUCUCCUUGCACAGCACAGGGUUAAAGCAAGCAGAGUAGAUUGUUUGGUUUGUAGAGGCACAUGCUGCUUAGCAGUUCCAGAGCUGCUUUAACCCAUAACAAAGCCCAGGUUUACCUAAAUGAAGCUGAGACUUUCACCAGCUGCAACUGCUCAUUGAACCGAAAUUCUAGAUUACUGAGCACAUGAGAAAGUAAAUCUCUGAAGAUAAGGUAUAAGGGAAAAAAAUGAAAUCUCGAUGAUCCAUAAAUUCUUUUUAAGACAAAACUAGCUGUCAACAGGCACAGGAACCUGUCGGUUAUGUUGUCAGUGUGAGAAUAUAACUAAUAAGCACUACUUUCAGAACUCAAAAAAUUAUAGUCUCCUCCAGAUAUCUGCCAAAAUACUUACCCCCACUAAGUUGUCAAUUAAGUAACAGCAAGCAAUUUUUCUAACUUAAAAGGCAGCAGUCCAUUGUCCUCUCUGCAUGUCUGCAAGAGCCCUGCUGAGAGAGCAUGUGUCUCUCCAAAUACUUCCCUAUUUAGGAUGUACAAAACCUUAUUAAAACACACAUCCUCUUUUAUUAAACAGACUGGCAGGUAAUGUCAGUCAUGCUUGUUGGGGAUAUUGCAUAUAGAGCCACGUUAUACCAGCUUCAGUCUCUGAUCUCCUAUAAUCACAUGAAAUACUCAAUGAACAGAUAUAUUGCUCCCAUCAGAGCAGUAAUAUAGUUUGGGGUUUUUUUCUAGACAGGAGUUAAGACACUGUUUUCAGCCUUUACACUUCUUGUUUGAGGGUAAUUACCUGUGACUGUCACACUCAGUCCUGGUCUUUUCUCGGGGAAACUUGCAAUGUCUUAGUGCUUUCCUAAUAUUCACGAAUUUAUGCUUUUCUUCUCUCUGAUUUUGAGAUGAUGUAAUCAUGGCUAUAAGUCAGGAGUUACUUGGACAAAGAAAUACUAACACCAGGAAAUUACAGGUAUGAGCUGUGUCAGUGUAUUCGUUCAGCAGAGCAAGGAAAACCAUAUCCUCAUGUCUCUUACUAGAACAACUCUUUUCACUUUACCUAAAUUAGGUUGUUCUGCUAUUUCAGUGUAGCUUGGACUUUUCUAGAGUUUGACUUUAUUUAACCUAUGGCAGAAAUAAGGUUCCUCUAGGGAAUUUAAAGUCUCUUCCUUUUUUAAAUUUUUCUUUUUAAAUAUAGAUCGACAGCUUGGUAAAAGGUUUACUGCCAUGAGAUACUAUUACAAGCAAAAACUUAACUGUUCUCAAGAAAGAAAAUAAAAGCCCUAUUGGGUUCAGAGCAUGAAAAUUGUUGAGGUCAGAAAUAAAUGUCUUCCCCAGGCAUAUUAUUCCUUAAUUAUUUACUGGAGGGUUUCCCAGACGCUCCUUGGAAAAAUAAUUUACUACUAGACAUGGGCAGAGGAAGAACUCUUUCUUCACCAGUGAGCAGGGAACACAAAAAAGAAUCAGAGUUAAAUUCUGACUUUCCAAUGUUUCCACUUUAAAACAAAUUCAAAGACUUUGGGGUCAAGGUUCCAAAUGUGCAAGCAUCAUUUUACUUCGAAAAUUUGUGGGAAUGCAUUCUGUACAUAAAUAUCUCAAAAUGCACAAGAAGUGCCUCACCAAUUAUCACA